GGGCGCUGGGCCCGUCUGGAAUGCGGGAGCCGGCUGCGCACCAGGACUUUUAUGGAAACUUGCUGCUGGCGCGCGGCGGCCAGAGGGGUCGGGGCGGCUGGAGCGGCGUGGGCAGCGCGCAGACCCGGACGCGCAGCGCGGAGCUGGAGGAGCGGCCUGGCGCCCCGGCGACAGGCGGAUACAAAAAUAUACGAAGCUUCAGCCCCAAACCACAUAGAGCAAACAUGAAUGAUAUUUCGCAAAAGGCAGAGAUUCUGCUUUCUUCAUCUAAACCUGUCCCCAAAUCCUAUGUGCCAAAACUUGGCAAGGGCGAUGUAAAGGAUAAGUUUGAAGCCAUGCAGAAGGCCAGGGAAGAGAGAAAUCAAAGGCGAUCUAGAGACGAAAAGCAAAGAAGACAAGAACAAUAUAUUAGAGAGAGAGAAUGGAACAGGAGAAAGCAGGAGAUUAAAGAAAUGCUUGCUUCUGAUGAUGAGGAAGAGAUUUCUGCUAAAGUAGAAAAGGCUUAUGUCCCAAAGUUAACAGGGACGGUUAAAGGUAAAUUUGAUGAAAUGGAAAGACACAGACAGGAAGAGCAAAGGAAGAGAACGGAAGAGGAGAGAAAGCGCAGACUUGAACAGGAUCUGCUGGAAAAGAGGAAAAUACAGCGUGAAUUAGCAAAAAGAGCUGAGCAGAUUGAGGACAUAGACAAUACGGGAACCGAAUCCGCAUCAGAGGAAGGAGAUGACUCACUGCUUAUAACAGUGGUGCCUGCCAAAUCGAACAAAACAUCUGGAAAAAUACAGAAUCCUGAGGACCUGGACAAAGAGCAAGGGAGUGAGAGGCUUAAUCAUGAAGACGACAAAAGAAUAAGAUAUGAAGAAGAGGGUCGAUCUCUCAAGGAAGCAAAGUGUCUGUCAUUAGUCAUGGAUGAUGAAACUGAGGCCAAAAAAGGAUCCCAUUUUCCUGGAAAACUGAAAUUAACUUUUGAGGAACUAGAGCGGCAGAGACAAGAAUAUCGCAAGAAGCAAGCAGAGGAGGAAGCGAGACGGCGCUUAGAAGAAGAGAGACGCGCCUUUGAGGAAGCAAGGAGGCACAUGGUAAAUGAGGAGAAUGAGGAUGAAAACCAAGAUACGGCAAAAGUUUUUACAGAGUACCGCCCUGGAAAACUCAAGCUCAGUUUUGAAGAAAUAGAAAGGCAAAGGAGAGAAGGUGAGAAAAGAAAAGCAGAGGAGGAGGCCCGGAGGAGAAUAGAGGAAGAGAGGAAGGCAUUUGCUGAAGCAAGGAGAAGCAUGGUAUUAGAUGAUGAUUCCCCAGAGAUAUAUAAAACAGUUUCCCAAGAAUCUCUGAUGCCUGGAAAACUGGAAAUUAAUUUUGAAGAAUUAUUAAAACAAAAAAUGGAAGAAGAAAGACGACGAACAGAGGAGGAACGGAGGCAUAAACUGGAAAUGGAAAAACAGGGAUUUGAACAACUGAGACAAGAAAUGGGAGAGGAGGAAGAAGAAAAUGAAACUUUUGGAUUGAGUAGAGAAUAUGAAGAAUUAAUCAAAUUAAAAAGAAGCGGUUCUAUUCAAGCUAAAAAUCUAAAAAGCAAGUUUGAAAAAAUUGGACAGUUGUCUGAAAAAGAAAUACAGAAAAAGAUAGAAGAAGAGCGAGCAAAGAGGAGAGCAAUUGACCUUGAAAUUAAAGAGAGAGAAGCAGAAAACUUCCACGAGGACGACGAUGUUGAUGUAAAGCCUGCAAAAAAGAGUGAAUCUCCCUUUACUCAUAAAGUGAAUAUGAAAGCCAGAUUUGAACAAAUGGCUAAAGCAAGAGAAGAAGAAGAACAAAGGAGAAUUGAGGAACAGAAGUUACUACGAAUGCAGUUUGAACAGAAAGAAAUUGAUGCAGCAUUACAAAAGAGACGAGAAAAUGAGGAAGAAGAAGAAGGGAGCAUCGUUAAUGGUUCCACCACUGAAGAUGAGGAGCAAACCAGAUCAGGAGCUCCAUGGUUCAAAAAGCCUCUAAGAAACACCUCAGUUGUUGACAGUGAGCCAGUCAGAUUUACUGUUAAAGUGACAGGAGAGCCCAAGCCAGAAAUCACAUGGUGGUUUGAAGGAGAGAUGCUACAGGAUGGGGAAGACUAUCAGUACAUUGAAAGAGGCGAAACUUACUGCCUCUAUUUGCCAGAAACUUUCCCGGAAGAUGGAGGAGAAUAUAUGUGUAAAGCAGUCAACAAUAAAGGCUCUGCAGCAAGUACCUGCAUUCUAACCAUUGAAAUGGAUGACUACUAGGCUUCCUUCUCUCCUUGGAACUCUCUCUCCAACUCUCUUGCUACAUCUCUGUGGAGGGGCUAAAGGAGACCAGAGGCACCACCAACUUGACCUAAUACCUUUUCCCCAAAUCUUCCAACUAGCUGAUCCAAAGAAUGCCUUUUCCAAUGCACAUUGGGUUACCAUGUUACGCCCAGUCAAAAUGUAGUUGACAGGGAAGGGAAAUGUACUCCUGUACGAACCUAAAGCAAAUGCUUUGUAUCUUCCAUAUUUAAAGUUUGCAUGAAUAAAUGGAGCUUUUACAUCUAAAGUUAGCCAGAGAGGAUAGUCUGCUGCGGACGCCAGUCUUUCUGAAGAUACACUGACAAAGGAGGACCGCUGGAAAGAAAAACCCAAGCAGGAUUUUACUACUAAAUCAAAUUUGAUAGAAACCAACGUUUAAGCAGUGUUCCAAGUGUGAUAGAUAUUAACACGUGUGUCUCAAAUGUAUAAUGACCACACUGAAGUUUAUGCUGUGACCUGAAUGAAUAAAUGAUACUAUAAUGAGAAAAUAUUAGUAUUCUAUGCAGAAACAAAUGUGGCUUUUUU